CUCCUAAACCGAUUUCAGAAAUUCAAACGAUACUCGGUCCAACUCGAUACUUCUUCAACCCUGGCAGUCGCAUUCUGUGCACGACCCUUACUGACCAUCCCUCAAUCGGUGGCAGCGUGAGAGAGGGUCGUCUGAUGCUCUUCCCAAUCAACACAUUAAUGUAGUAGGUAGCGCUCAACUUCGGUCGCUUUUCGUCGCUUUUCUCGGCUUUUCCGCCGUUCGUUCAUUUGCGUUUCAUUCUUUCCAACUUUUCGUGUCAUUGGUAUUUUUAGCAAACGUCUCUCGGCCCAACUAGCGACCGACCGUACUGAUCGACAAUCGACGACGGCCAUCCAUCGGUCGGUGUGUAUGUUUGUGUGAGUGUGUUGACCGCGCAGAAUGAAAACAACUACUUGUGAUUGCGCGGUCCAACAAGUAGUGAUUGUCGCCCGUCGUCGCCGUCGGCUGGUGAUUGAUUGAAUUCGGGUCCCGUUGUUUCAAAGGAUUCACGGAAAUCAAUUCACCCCGGAUCAAACCAUAACUCAAUGAAGCAGAAGAUGAUACUACAGUGAAGCAAGUGAAGAAGACAAAGAAGAAGAAACCGAAGUGAUCGCUCGGUGGUUUCGGUGGUUUUGUGAGUGUGAGUGUUGCCCGUUUCAAAAGAAAAAAAAGUCCUGUAUCCCUCUAUAAAACCACUGCUGUUUCGCUGUGAAUGAGUGAGUGAGUGAAGCGAAGAAUCCACCACGCAGAAGAAGACAAAGGCAAAGCAAGCAAAAGUUUCCGUUUCCGUUGAUCCGUCGUCCCCUUGCGCAGUAGUUCCCCGUGAGAUUUGAGGUCAAGAGCAGUUCUAUCUUAUUGAAGUGCAAAUAGUCGAAAGCGGAGAAGAGACCGAAGAGAACGAAGAAGCCGAGCUAUGUCCGCAACGGCCGCAGCCGUGAAGCUUCCAGCAGCGAAAGUGGUAGUACAUAGUCCCAUCCCAUUGCCCAUUGAUUGUUAACAUCACUGUGACGGACGUUCGGCUAAAAGUGUCCUUCUCUGUUGUCAACCGCAGCAACAGCAGCAGCAGAUCAAUGGAUCGUCGUCAGCGCUGGCCAAGGCGACCAGCGGCAGCGAAACGGCCAAAAAGUCGAUCAAGGUCGUCGACCCACCCGCAGCAGCGACUGCUUCAAAAUCCAACGGUACUUCCGGUCCAAUUCAUUGAGACUAAAGAUGAAGUUGACACUCGUGACGGCGAAACGAUGAACAGUGAAAGCUACUACGGUUCAAGUGUGAAAGGGCCUACGACGACGAUGGCGGCCUAUCACCAUCAACAACAACAACAACCACUGCAGCAGCAACUAGUGACUAGUGAAAGUAAUUAUCAGCAGCAACAGUUAUACCAGCAGCAGCAGCAGCAGCAGCCAAUGUUGACUAGUCCGCCGAUACCGCCGAUAAGGAACUUUGAAAAUGUCAUGAUCGCUGCUGCUAGUGGUGGCGGCAACCCCGACGAGGGGGGCCUAGUGUAUACGAAUCUACUCGGAGGAAGUCAUGUUAAUUACAACGGUACCUAUUACGGUGGCGUCGGCGUCGGUGAUGGUGGUGAGUUAAUUGAUUUAAGUGCAUCGCAGCAGUUGCAUCAGCAGCAGCUUCAGCAACAAUCGCAACAACCUGCAGCAGCCUCUCAGUAUCAUCAAUCAGCCGUGCAGCAGCAGCAGCACCAGCAGCAUAAUGAUAUGUAUAAUGCCGAUAUCGAUUUCAUGAACAAUUAUUUAAAAAGCUUACCCGACUACGCGGUGGUGGCUUGUCCGAGUUCCAGCGCGGUGGCGGCGGCGCUUGUGGUGGCUCCUCAAUCGACCUGCGUCGUCAGCAAUGCGACUGCCGUGGUUCCUCCGCACGUCAAGAGUGAAAACUACCGGCACCAUUACGUCAAUGACCCCUACUUGCAAUAUUACGACAGUGCAACGGCGAUGCAAGGCUACUACCCGAUCGCCAAGUCCAGUUCGUAUCACGCGUACACCUCGAUCCCGUCUGCCGUCUCCUCGUCCUCGUCCGGUGGCGGCGGGAGCAACACCACGGGAGGUCAUCCCACGUACUACCACCACCAUCCCCAUCAGCAACAACCGGUUCAUCACUUCCCGUCGCAACCGUUCCAGCAUGGCAGUCACCAUCACGGUCACAGUAAUCAACUCCCGCCGCAUCAACAGCACAAUCACCAUCACCACCACCACCACCAGCACCAGAAUCACCAUCAUCACCAUCAGCAGCAGGUUGAUAAAUUAUCUCGAAGCAACUCGCACUCCAUGCUACCGCGUGCUUCGAUCGAGAACAGGUACGUUAAGAACCGGGCCACGCCGAGCGACGGCAAGGGCUCCUCGACCGACGACGCUCCCAAGCAGUCUAGCAUGAGCAAGUUCUGGCAGGAAACCACCUCCAGCAAACCGUCCGGCGUGCUCAAGUUCGGCUGGAACUAUGACCGCAUCAUGGCCAAGACCAAGACGGACGUCCAGAAUAGCAUCAACGAGUACAAAAAGAACGUUACUAGUAUGCAUAACCUGUACGGUAGCCCGGACGGUCACAUCCCGGAAGCCAGCAAUCAUUUCAAGCUGCGGAAAAACUAUUCCUACUCGCACCUGGAUAAACACAUCCGGGAUCACUUGACGGAAGAGGAGUUCCAAAGGUUGGUCAGCGAGAGCGAAUCCAAACCGAACUUCUACAGCAAUCACUCGUGCAACUUUGUGAACCCGCUGUGCAAAAGCUUCUCCAGCGGUGCGAUGAGCUUCGGGCAGCCGUUCCUUCUUCCCCCAAGACCCCUCCCAUCCUCGUCCAGUCAAACCCCCACGAACCUUUCCAAGAGUUCCUCCAACAGCUCCAUCCUCCGAAGACCCUCGAUCACCCUCCCGGACGUAGCGGCCUUUAUCCCAUCCCUAAACCUGCCGAAAAGUUCCUCCUCGUCCUGUAUCUACACCAAAGCCUUGAACCAACCCAAUAGCAAAAAAUACAACCUCUUCACGCCCUACAAAGCCAUCGUGCCGGAAUCGCUGCCCCCGAACGACAUCAGUGCCACCAACAAAAUGAUCUCCAAGAACAACGCCCUGAUAAAGAAGAGCGCAUCGUUCAAUCCCUUCGGCAGUGGACACCCACCGCGCAAGGGAACCGGCGAAAGCUUCUUCGUCAAGCAACACAUCCCACCGGCCAACAAGGUCAUCGUCGACUAUCCGCCCUUUACGAAAAUCUCCUCCAUCCAAAUUCCCAUCAAUGGGCACCUGCCGCCGGCCUUCCCCAACGCUCCCCGCGAUCUAAACAACAACCAGCAAGACUCCUGCAUCAUCAACAUCGAAGACAACAUCGAACAGAGCAUAGCGGAUAUCUACAACGUUGCCGCCCCGAGCGGGGUGUUCAAAAGCUAUUCGCACUCCCGUCUCAAUCCGGACGCCAAGAACUUCACCCCCAGCCGGUCGCUGUGCGAACAACCCAGCUCUACCACCACCGCUCUAACCCGCUCCAACUCCAACAGUUGCAACGUUGCCAUCAGCCAAAGUGGCAAGAUCGAACCCAUUCCGGUGACUUCGGUCUUCAACUCCACCGUCCAGGUAACUCCGACGUACGUCCCGGCCAAGGGCAUCACUCUGUCCAAGUCCGCCACACAAAUCGCCUCCUACGGAGACGAACCGGACGACGAAGAUACGGUUGUGCCGGGUGCUUCGGACGUUGACGACGACGACGAUGAUGACGAUGAGUACGAUCUCAACUACCUGGACGAAGACGCAGAUGCGGACGCCGAGGCCGACGGAGAACACGAAGACGACGAACCGGAAGAAGGUCUCUACAGUCACUGUCUGGAUCAGUACUUCAUGCCAUCCACCUCAUCCAAGUCCGCUUCGACGCGGGCCGGAGAACCUUCCAGCAGCAGUACACCCCUGCAGCAUAAGCAGCCCUUCAAAAAAUCGUCCGAUGUUCCUCGGAUAUUCAAAGCCAGUGCGGACAUCUUCCUGGAAACGGACGGCGCUGCCGGGGUCGAUCCCAGCGGGACCGGUCUCGGAACGGAGCAGUACCUCCUGGACGAGGAAGUCUACGCGGCCGCUUUCCCCACGUCGGACUCGACGGAUUCCUGCUCGCCUGGUCCUAGUACGGUCACCACGACCACCAGCACCACCACCACCAGUACCGACGACACGGAGAAACAACCAUCCGUCAGGGAUGAUGCUGAUGGGCAUUUGAUUUACCACACUGGCGACAUUCUUCAUAACAGAUAUAAAAUCCUGGCCACCCUAGGCGAGGGUACCUUCGGCAGGGUGGUGAAAGUCAAGGAUAUGGAAAUGGACCACACCAUGGCACUUAAGGUGAUCAAGAACGUCGAAAAGUACCGGGAGGCAGCCAAGCUGGAGAUCAACGCACUGGAGAAGAUCGCCGAAAAGGAUCCAACUUUCCAACAUUUAUGUGUCAAAAUGCUGGACUGGUUCGACUACCAUGGCCACAUGUGCAUCGCGUUCGAAAUGCUGGGUCUCAGUGUUUUCGACUUUCUGAGAGAAAACAACUACGAACCCUACCCGAUGGAUAACGUGCGGCACAUGGCCUACCAGAUGUGCUAUGCGGUCAAAUUCUUGCACGAAAACAAACUCACCCACACCGAUCUGAAACCGGAGAAUAUUCUGUUUGUGGACUCGGAGUACACGACGACGUUCAACGGCAGAAAGAACCGUGAGGUGCGCCGCGUCAAGUGCACCGACAUCCGGCUGAUCGAUUUUGGCAGUGCCACGUUCGACCACGAGCACCACAGUACGAUCGUUUCGACCCGUCACUAUCGGGCGCCGGAAGUAAUCCUGGAGCUGGGCUGGUCGCAACCGUGCGACGUCUGGUCGAUAGGCUGUAUAAUGUUUGAACUGUAUCUGGGCAUUACGCUAUUUCAAACCCACGACAAUAGGGAACAUCUAGCUAUGAUGGAGCGUAUACUAGGUACAAUUCCAUAUCGGAUGGCCAGUGAGCCUUUCUCUUCUGUCGAAAACAGGAAAACCCGCACCAAAUACUUCCACCACGGUAAGCUCGAUUGGGACGAAAAGUCGUCCGCCGGACGGUACGUGCGCGAUCACUGCAAACCGCUGCACCGGUACGUGCUGGCGGAGACGCCCGAUCAUCUGCAGCUGUUCGACAUCAUCCGACGCAUGCUGGAGUACGACCCGGCCAACAGAAUCACACUAGGUGAAGCCCUGCGGCAUCCGUUCUUCGCGAAGCUCCCGCCGGCGCAGCGUCUGCACGAGAAAUGUAAUGAAAAUUCCGUCUCGGCCAGUAGUAGCCGGGAGCGUUCCCACAGUUUAUCGAGAUGAAAUUCAGAACGAUUUGAUUAUUAUUAAUUAAUAAUAUUGCACACAAACAAACAAACAAACACACAAACACAUACAGAUGAAGGUUGAAUAUAUUAAAAAAAAAAAAAACAAAAAGGAAAAGGGAAGAACACCCUUGCCAUUUUUUUUUCUCAAACAACAAACAUUCACACACAUACGCAAACAAACACACAAACAUAUGAUGCAGAUAGUGAGAAAAAGAAAGAGAAAGAGAGAUAGAGGGAGAGGAGCGGUGUCGCCGCCCCUAUUGCGUAUCAAGUUUCGAUGAAGUUCUAUUUCCUCUCCACCACAAAGAUGAUGGCUGCCGUCUCGAAGACACUCUAGUAGGAUAAUGCAACAAAUUUAGUAAGAUGCAAAAAAAUCAGGAGGACGCAAAGGGCAAACAGAUACGUUUUUAGGUAGUGUUUGUAACAUUUGUAACAAGUUCGUUUAUUUAGUAAUUAUUAUUUUUUUACUGCAGUGGGAACGUUCCACUGCAAAUACUAUAUAUCGAUUUAAUAUGUGAAGCGUAAGAGAAUAAAAA